GGUGCCUACAAGUACAUCCAGGAGCUGUGGAGGAAGAAGCAGUCGGACGUGAUGCGGUUCCUGCUCCGCGUGCGCUGCUGGCAGUACCGGCAGCUCUCCGCCUUGCACCGAGCCCCCCGGCCCACCAGGCCAGACAAAGCUCGCAGGCUGGGAUACAAGGCCAAGCAAGGUUACAUUAUCUACCGUGUCCGUGUCCGCCGAGGGGGCCGGAAGCGCCCGGUCCCGAAGGGCGCGACCUACGGCAAACCCGUGCACCACGGCGUCAACCAGCUGAAGUUUGCCCGGAGCCUCCAGUCUGUAGCAGAGGAACGUGCUGGCCGUCACUGUGGGGCUCUGAGAGUCUUGAACUCGUACUGGGUGGGUGAAGAUUCCACGUACAAGUUUUUUGAAGUGAUCCUGAUCGAUCCCUUCCACAAGACCAUCAGGCGCAACCCUGACACCCAGUGGAUCACCAAGCCCGUCCACAAGCACAGGGAGAUGCGUGGGCUGACGUCGGCCGGGCGGAAGAGUCGUGGGCUGGGCAAGGGCCACAAGUUCCACCACACCAUCGGUGGCUCGCGCCGCGCGGCCUGGCGGCGGCGCAACACCCUGCAGCUGCACCGCUACCGCUAGGCUUGUACCUGUCACCCUCUAAUAAAGCUGCUGCGGGCUGUCA